UGGCCAAAAUUCACUGUAGCUCUGUAGUGUGGCUUCCCCCACUCCUAAGGCAAAAUACGUGUAGGCUGCUCUAGGCAUGACGACUGCGGCGGAGAUGGGGCCGUAUGUGCCCUAGUCAGUCGGUUUAUCAAGCAAACUCAGUGGUCGCUGCUUUGCAAUGAGUAACAAGCGUACACGAAAAAAUCUACUUUGGAUUACCUGCUUCUGCGCACAGUCCCAUGCUGCCAUCCUGGAAGAUGCAGAUGAAAAACUCGUUAGUUUUAUCCAGAAAGGUAAUUUGCCUAACAUCGAGCGUGCCAUCAGACGGCUUGGGCGCCCUCUUGGGGACGUUUCACUGGUUGUCAAACGUCGACACCUCAGCACCGCUUAUCCUUGCCUGGUAGAUCACCGGGCAGCCGGUACAGAUCCGUUCAUAAACUUUUAUCAGGAGUGCUCCCCAGUUAUUUGGGCAAUGGAUUGUUUACAAUGGCAUGUGCUACCCUUGCUUAACCGAUACGGAUGCGAUGUUAAUCGUCCUCAAACGUGUCGUCGUUGGACAUACAUUUGCGCACCCAAUUCACGACCGAAUACUGCGCCGUACAGGCGCUUUUGGACUCGUGGAAAAUACACUUAUCAGUCCGCGUUGGAUUACUUUUUCGCCAGUGUGUACGAGUUCGUCGGAGAACAACCAUCCAGCUACAAUGGGCUCAGCGGCCCGAGUCCGUUGGCUUUUUACUUCUCACACUUGCCUGUCAUCUUAUCCAAAGGAGUGGAUGUGCAUCGUAUUGAUUCUGUGAUCAUCUUCAAUUCCCUCGCCACCAGUUAUGAUCAAUACUUGUGCCGGUACACUAACGAGCACGCUACUGUGCCGGAUAUCCCCGAAAGCGAUGAUGCUUUCGUCGAGAUGACUGCUGUAAAACGUCUGAUCGAGCACGGUUUUUCUCAAUUCGAAUGCAUGGAUUAUUUAUACCCGUGUUGUAACUGGUUUGGUAUACUACUUUGUCUCGUUUGUCACCCGAAAAUUGACAGUUAUCGACAUAAUUUGCUACCAUCUAUCAUACGACAAGCAGCACUACUUCUAAUCAACUUGCUCGCUCUCAAGUGUACGCUACCGUCUGUUGAAGACUUUGCAGAAUCUUUGGAAAAUCUCCAUUUGCGGAAGGUGUAUUCGAAACGGUACUGUGAACGUCGCGAAAUUUUCAAUGAUCGACUCGCUAAUUUACACCGUGUGUGCCAAGAGGUUAGCUCCCAUCCACUAAGUUUGAAAGUUCUCGCCCGAAACGCUGUACGCAAACAGCUGGGUGGGAUAAACUUCCACCAAAAACUCAAUUCCAUUGGGUUGCCGCCUCAGUUGGCAACUUUCGUGCAGUUUAUAGGCCCGGAACAGUUGAAAGCCAGUCACAUGCCGAAACAACUUACUCGCUUGGCCCUAGGUGAGUUUACCGAUUUCUCCAGGGAUUCAUUCAAUUUUCGUUCCAAUGAACUGGGUGAAAACUGCUUGACUUCCUCGCCCAACCGCACUGCCAUGGUUCAUCUGCCUCCCCUUAUACGAGCUGGGCAGGGUGAUCGAAUGGUUGAUGGGUGUUCAACCGACCCACGGCAGUUUAAUUUCACUCAACCAACUUCCCCGCUGCCCAUGUGGUCCAGGCAGUUCCGACGAGAUCGUGCCUCAGAAAGACACGUGGCAGGGCCGAAACGGCUUGACGGUGAGUGCAGCAGGCAGCCGAACGAUACCACUGCGCUCCUCCUUGGGCGACCUCUGUCAGCUUCUUUGCCAGUCUUACAAUUUUGGUGAUGAAACAGCAGUCUGCGGUUCAUAUUGACCUUCUCAGGGUCCGAUGAGCUGGAACAUUGUAUGCCGGCAGUCUGAUUUCAUGUUUUGUCUUAAUCUUUCUUUUUUUAUACAAUGUAAGUUUUUGUUACCUUCAUUUAGUCACUGUGUGUGCGUACUUUUGAAUAACUAAAUGAAGUGCGUAUACAGAUGCCGGAGAGAAAUCGAUAGAUCUUGGCCAUUGCAGCCUGACAAUUUUCGAUCGAAUUUGGCACUGUGAUCACUUUACUUCUCCUAGCCUCCCGCUAUUUCUCUGUGGCAACAUUCCUCUACUGUUCACCGUUUGUUAUUUGUCUACCGAAGUCCGAUGGACGCUAGAUAUUUGAUUAUAGGCGUAUCUUCCUAACCAGAUGACCGCGCCUUUCGCUUUUUGCACAUGCUGUGAUUUCCCUCGUCUUUACCACUCGGUUCCUAAUGUAACUUGUCUGUUAUAUCACUAUUAGUAAUGCAUUUGCUCUUGGUCCG